UCUCCUUCUCCUCGAGGCAGACACACCUCCUGAACGUCUCAGCCACCAUGAGCAGAUCCAUCGUGUCCAGCUCGUACUCCGGGCGCUCCAUGGGAGGCCUGGGUGGAUCCCGGGUGAAGACCCAGUACUCUUCCAGCGUGUACGGCGGUGCAGGUGGGAGCGGACUGAGAAUCUCCUCUGCCUCUUGUGGCUUUGGAGCCGGUGCUGGGAGCAGUUAUGGUUUUGGCGCAGGGGGUGACAUGGACCUCMWUGUCGGGGCCAACGAGAAGGCCACCAUGCAGAACCUGAACGACCGCCUGGCCUCCUACCUGGAGAAGGUUCACAAACUCGAGAAGGCCAACGCUGAUCUGGAGCUGAAGAUCCGAGAGUAUCUGGAGAAGAAAACUGGCCCAAAGUCUCGGGACUACUCAGCUUAUGAGGCCACCAUAGCUGACCUGCAGGAGAAGAUCCUGGAUGCUGUUAAGAAGAAUGGAAGCGUCCUUUUGGCCAACGAGAACGCAAAACUGGCAGCAGACGACUUCAGGACCAAGUAUGAGAACGAGCUCAGCAUGCGUCAGUCAGUGGAAGCAGAUGUUGCAGAGUUGAAGAGAGUUCUAGACCAGCUGACGUUGACCCGGUCCGACCUGGAGCUGCAGAUAGAAGGCCUCAGAGAGGAGCUGGUGUUCCUGAAGAAGAACCACCAGGAGGAAAUGGAGGCCAUGAGGGCCCAAAUGAGCGGGCAGAUCAACGUGGAGGUGGACGCCAAGCCGCAGCAGGACCUGAGCAAAGUUAUGGCUGAGAUCCGUGAGCAGUAUGAGGCCGUGGCCGCAAAGAACCAGAGAGAACUUCAAAACUGGUUUGAUACAAAGUCAGCAGAACUAACCAAAGAGGUGGCAGUGAGCACAGAGACUCUGCAAACGUCCAAAACAGAAAUCAACGAUCUCCGCCGCACAAUGCAAAGCCUUGAGAUUGAGCUGCAGUCGCAGCUGAGCAUGAAAUCAACACUAGAAGGGAAUCUAGCUGAAAUAAGGGCUCGAUAUGCUCAGAGGCUCAACGGCUUCCAGCUGCAGGUGGAGAGUCUGGAGGCACAGCUGAGCCAGCUGCGCGCCGACAUGAAACGACAGAACCAGGACUACGAGAUGCUGCUCGACAUCAAGACACGGCUGGAGAUGGAGAUCGCAGAAUACAGGAGGCUGCUGGACGGAGAGGCCGGCACCAGCAGCUCAGGAAGCAGCACCGUGAAAAAGGUCAUCGUCUACACCGAGGAGGUGAAGGACAAGAAAGUCUCUUCCAGAACCUGAAAACCUGGAUCGUGCAGAAACCACGAGGCAGCACCUGGAGGCCGAUUUAAAAACAAAAAUGAUGUAACGCAAUAAAACCCUCUCGGUUUGCCACCUC